CAUCCAUGGUCGCCGCAGGCUAGAUAGCAGCACAGUCUAUCCACACACCUGUCAUGGAUCUGACAGCAGAAAGCCACAGUAUCCGUCUCAGUGACGGGAACCAUAUCCCACUUCUGGGAUUGGGCACUUAUGGAGACCCUCGAACAACACCCAGAGGCACAGCACUUGAGUGCGUCAAGCUGGCCAUAGAUGUGGGUUACAGGCACUUCGAUGGAGCAUUGGUGUAUUUCAAUGAGCAUGAAGUCGGUCAAGCUAUUAGAGAAAAGAUUGCUGAUGGGACCGUUCAAAGAAAGGACAUCUUUUACUGUGGGAAGCUCUGGAAUACAUUUCAUCCACCAGAGUUGGUGAGACCAGCUUUGGAGAGGACACUGAAAGCCUUAAAACUAGACUAUGUGGAUCUCUACAUUGUUGAACUCCCUAUGGCCUUCAAGCCUGGAAAGGAGUUCUAUCCAAAAGACCAGGAUGGAAAACACAUUUACCACCACACAGACCUCUGUGCAACAUGGGAGGCUUUAGAGGCUUGCAAAGACGCAGGGCUGGUUAAAUCUCUGGGAGUCUCCAACUUCAACCGCAGACAGCUGGAGCUGCUGCUCAACAAACCCGGCCUGAAACACAGACCUGUAUCCAACCAGGUUGAAUGCCAUCCAUAUUUCACACAGCCCAAGCUUCUGGAGUACUGUCGUCAGAAUGACAUAGUGAUUGUUGGCUACUGCCCAAUUGGCUCCUCCAGAGAUGCCUCCUGGGUGAAUGUGAAAUGUCCUCCCCUGCUGGAGGACGAGCUGCUUGUAUCCAUUGGGAAAAAGUACAACAAGAGCACGGCUCAGGUAGCUCUUCGCUUCAACGCCCAGAGAGGAGUGGUCGUGAUCCCCAAGAGCUUCAGCCCCGAGAGGAUCAAACACAACUUCCAGAUAUUUGACUUUUCACUCUCUGAGGAGGAAAUGAAAGCCAUUGAGGCGCUGAACAAAAAUAUCCGCUUUGUGGAGCUGCUGAUGUGGAGCGACCAUCCAGAGUACCCAUUUCACGAUGAUUAUUAAUAUCUUUACUGACCAUAAAGUAUUCCAACUGACUUUGAUUUUCGUCACCUUUAUUUCACCAUUAAAGUCUAAUAAUAAUAAUAAUAAUAACUUCAACUUAUAUAGCACCUUUCAUGGUACCCAAGGUCGCUUUACACAUAGGGAGGGGAAAAGGGGAGUGGGGGUUAGGGAUCAAAGGACUUAGUGCAGAGAAAUGUUUUGAGGUGCUUUUUGAACAUGGGCAGGGAUUGAGCAGAGCGGACGUGGAGUGGUAGACUGUUCCAGAGUGUGGGAGCAUUGGCAGAGAAGGCCCUGUCCUCAAAAGUUUGCAACCUGGUGCGGGGAGUGGCCAACAGGUCCUUGUCAGAGGACCGCAGGGAACGUGACUGAGUGUAAGGGUGGAGGAGACAUGUGAGGUAUUGUGGUGAGAGUCCAUGGAGAGAUUUGUAGGUGAGCAGGAGGAUCUUGUAGGUGAUGCGUGACUUGACUGGCAACCAGUGGAGCUGUUGGAGGAUGGGAGUGAUAUGUUGCCAGGGCUUUGUGUGGGUUAGAACCCUGGCAGCUGAGUUCUGGACGUACUGGAGUCUGCUAAGGGCCUUGGUGGGCAGUCCAGACAGGACACCGUUGCAGUAGUCCAGACGGGAGGUGAUGAAGGCAUGGAUGAGUGUCUCUGUGACUGAAUGCGUGAGUGAAGGCCGGAGUCUUGAGAUGUUUCUGAGGUGGUAGAAGGCAGACUUGGUGAUGUUGUUGAUGUGGGACCGGAAGGAGAGAGUGGAGUCCAGGAUGAUGCCCAGGUUGCGCACCUCCGGAGAUGGGGAAAUGGAGCAGCCAUCCACAACCAGGGCCAGGUCACCAACUUUCCUGAGCAUCGGUGCAGGAGCCACCACCAUGAGCUCUGUCUACUCUGGUACAUGUUAACAGGGAACACUAGAGGGCUCUAGCUCACAGUAAAUGGAAAGCACAAUAAAGGAUAACAAGACGUGAAGUUGUUCUAUAAGAGUUUCAUGCUGGAUUUGCUUAGGAGUUUAUGUAAUAUUAAAAAAGCAUUCAUUGUCACUGACUUGAAAUGGACUCAACAUCUGCUUUAAAUAAUGAUUGGUUUAAAAAAUAACUAUGACUAUGUGGAAAUAAACAUCCUAUAUGUAGAAAAAAUACAUACCUGCUGCUCUGGUUUGCUGAAAUAUUGAUACAGGUUUUUCUUUACAACAGUUGUCUACAAAUGGCAGUUCACAGGAACAUUUAAAAAACAAUCAAAGUUGACCAAAGUCCUGUCCCUUGUUCAAGGUAAAGCUGUGUGUUAUAGCAAACACAGAUAUAGAGCAGGUAGUUAUGUACUUAAAAGAGUAGGAAAAGUAGUACAAAUGCUAUUUAGGGGAACAAAGAUUUCAGCUGUGCUGGAUCUCAAAAAUAAAGCACAUCUGUAUUUGUACAAAUUCAAUUGUUUUGUUGUGAAACACUGUGACGAUGAAUGAUCAUUGAUUUCUUAGAUAAAUUCUAACUGGAAAGGAGAUUUGUUUUGGAAUUAUACUUUCAAAAUGACUAAACCAUUCAAUAAUAAGUCAAUUACAUGUAUGAAUGCAUGAUUUACAUUCUCAAAAUAAAUAUCCUCUGAAAAGGGAAGACAUUAUUGGACAAACUAGAUUUUCUAGGCAUAGCAUUUUCAUUUUUUCAAGCCCCAAUUUCUGUUUAAGUCUUCCAGAUACAAUGAACAAAUAUUUAAAAUGGCAUGCUCCAUUGUUCCACUGUUAAAGCUUAAUCUAACCAUAAACCCUGUCAAGAAGGUGCAGUGCAAAUAACCUACAGUCUGUGUAUAUUCUAAAAACUAUUUGCAAAAAUGUGAUGUCAUUAAUAGGGGUUGCAGGUAAUUACUUUUCAAGUGGCCGGAGUUUAAAACCUGUGUUGUCCUGCUGUCCAAACACUUCAGCCCCUGAGGAAUUUGGGUUUAAGGAUCUUGCUGAAAGACAUCUCUGUGGUAACGAAGCAGAGGGGUGGGUGUUGUUUAUUUGAUCCUGUUCUGAAACAUCUCUUCUGCCCUCAGCUAUGUGGCGCUACACAGCCUAGACAGCGAGCUAAACAAACUGGUCGAGGAGUCUGAAGAGGCUUUCAGAGCGUUUACUUGACACAGUUGAAUUUUUUGUGAAACUGCA